AUGAGAAACAGACAGAACAGAACUCUUCACUGCACCAGAUGUGACAUCAGCUUUCCUACCUUACAAGAGAAGAAACUUCAUUCACAAGAGCACAGAGACCAGAAACACUUUCACUGUCAGCAGUGUGGCAAGAACUUUAGCUCCUUUUCUAAUCUGAAGAUUCACAAGAGGACACACACUGGAGAAAAACCUUUCCACUGCAGUGAAUGUGGCAAGUGUUUCGGCACCAAAGGAAAUCUUGAUAUUCAUCAGAGAAUUCACACGGGAGAAAAACCGUACGCGUGUCCUCACUGUGACAAGAGAUUCAGCCAUUCAUCUGAUGUUAAGAAACACAUGCGUUCACACAUUGAUGAGAGACCGUAUCAGUGCAGUUAAUGUGGAAAAACCUUUAAGAGUUCAGAUGCUUUAAAGUCGCACCAAACAUCACACUCUGAGGAGAAACUCUAUCAGUGUUCACACUGUGAUAAACGCUUCCUUAAAAACGCUUAUCUGAUAACUCAUGAGAGAGUUCACACUGGAGAGAAACCUUACGUCUGCUCUCAGUGUGGAAAGAGCUUUGCUCACACAAGUUCUUAUAACUUUCAUGUGAGAUAUCACACUGGAGAAAAACCUUAUCAGUGCAGUGUUUGUGGGAAGAGUUUUAGCCAUCAAAACGUUUUAACAAAACACCAGAGAAUUCAUUCAGGUGAAAGACUCUUUAAAUGUUCUCAGUGUGACAAGACAUUUGGUCGACCAGAUGUCUUGAGAACCCAUGAGAGAGUUCACACUGGAGAGAAACAAUCUGCACCAAAACCAUCGAAACUGAUGGAGAUGGAAACACAGACCACAGUGAAGGAAGAACAGACUGAUGAAGAUGAGAAUCAUGAUGAUUUUGUUCCUUCAGGUAAACUGUUGAACUGCAAUAACAUGGAGAUAAAAACAGAACCCAAAUCAGAGGAAGAUCAAACUGAUGAAGAUGAUGACUUUAUACCCUCAGUGGACACUGAUGUAGUUUCAGAUGUGCUGGAGGUUGUUGUUAACGCUGUUGUGUUUGUUUCAGAUGAGAGCGGUGAUUCAUGUUGUGAUGGAGAAACGGCCUCUACAUCAAAACAGCGACUGACAGCACAAACUCUUUCCUGCAUCACCUGUGGAAAGACAUUCAGUUCACAGAGACGUUUAGAGACACAUGAGAGAAAACACACAGAACAGAAACUCUUCACCUGCACCAGAUGUGACAUCAGCUUUCCUACCUUACAAGAGAAGAAACUUCAUUCACAAGAGCACAGAGACCAGAAACACUAUGAGAAGAAACACUUUCACUGUCAGCAGUGUGGGAAGAACUUUCUCCGCUCUUCUCAUCUGAACGCUCACAUGAGGUCACACACUGGAGAAAAACCUUUCCACUGCAGUCAAUGUGGCAAAUAUUUCAACACCAAAUCAAAUCUUGUUUCUCAUCAGAGAAUUCACACUGGAGGAAAGACGUACGCGUGUCCUCACUGUGACAAGAGAUUCAACCAUUCAUCUAAUCUUAAGAUACACAUUCGUUUACACACCAAUGAGAGACCGUAUGAGUGCAGUGAAUGUGGAAAAACCUUUAGACAGUCAAGUUCUUUACAGACACACCAAAAAACACACUCUGAGGAGAAACUCUAUCAGUGUUCACACUGUGAUAAACGCUUCCGUCAUAAAUCUCAGCUGAUAACUCAUGAGAGAAUUCACACUGGAGAAAAACCUUAUGUCUGCUCUCACUGUGGAAAGAGAUUUUCUGAUCAACGUCAUUUCAGAGAUCAUCAGAGAAUUCACACUGGAGAGAAACCUCAUCACUGCAGUGUUUGUGGGAAGAGUUUCACUCGACACGACACUUUAGUGAAUCAUCAGAGAACUCACACAGGUGAAAGACCUUAUAAAUGUUCUCAGUGUGACAAGACGUUUGCUCGAUCAGAUGUCCUGAAAACCCAUAAGAGAGUUCACACUGGAGAGAAACCUUAUCACUGCUCCAUCUGUGGAGAGAGAUUCACUUAUUUAGGAAGUUUUAAUUCUCAUCAGAAGAAACACACUGGAGAAAAACCUUUCCACUGCAGUCAAUGUGACAAAUAUUUCAGCAGCAAACAAUAUCUUUUUACUCAUAAGAGAAUUCACACGGGAGAAAAACCCCAUAAGUGUCCUCACUGUGACAAGAGAUUUACUGAUGUAUCUGGUCUGAAGACCCAUGUGCUCGUGCACAGUGAUGAGAAAAGGUAUCAGUGCAGUGAAUGUGGAAAAAGUUUUAAGCAGCCAAUUGCUCUCACAAUACACCAGAGAACUCACUCUGAGGAGAAACUCUAUCAGUGUUCACACUGUGAUAAACGUUACCGUCAUAAAUCUCAUCUGAUAACUCAUGAGAGAACUCACACUGGAGAGAAACCUUACCUCUGCUCUCACUGUGGAAAGAGAUUUUCUGAUUCAUCUCGUUUCGGAGUUCAUAAGAGAGUUCACACUGGAGAGAAACCUUAUCACUGCUCCAUCUGUGGUGAGAGAUUCACUUAUUUAGGAUGUUUUAAUAUUCAUCAGAAGAAACAUGCUGAAGUACAAACUGCACUGGAAUCAUCAUAGUAGCGUCUUUUUCUAUUUUCAUAAACAGUGUCUGUAAUCUGAAAUAAUUGUAUUCAUAGUAAAUUCCUUUGUUUUUGUGAAGUAUAUUUUCUGCAGUCUGUGGAGUUAAUUAUAAGUUUGAUCGGGGCAGGUAGGGUCUUGCAAGUCAUUAUUUUUGUCAUGAAUGAAUAGAACUGAAUUUGUGUUGUGUGUCAUCAGUAUAAUUAACAAUAUCUUCGUAUACGUCUGUAAAAUGCUAAAGAUCUGUAAAACAUCUGAUAAACGUCUUAGGAAGAGCAGUUGUACAUCCAUUCAAAAUCUAAACAUCUUGCAGACAUCUUUAUAUUACAUCUGACAGCAGACGUCUCAGAGACAUUCCAGAUGAGCAAACAAUAAAAAAUAUGUCUUGCAGAUGUAAAUGCAGACAUCAAGUAGAUGUCUCGCAGAUGUAUGUGUGCUAUCAGGGUUGUGACAACGUAUUUGUUUUGGGUUAUUGUGUUUUUUGCUGGUGCUUGUUACAUUGAAUAGAAACAUGGGCCCGUAUUCUUAAAGCUUCUAAGAAUCCUCUAAGAAAACUCUUAAUUUAUCUGAAAAACUUCUACGUAGGAGUCUUAGUUUAAAAUUGAUUCAGGACCAAUCUGAGAGCAACUCUGAGCAAGGAAAAGACAAAAACUUUUAUCUCAGUGAGGAGGCGGGGCUGACCCCGUUGCUAUGUUUGACACAGUCUUUUAAAGACUGUGAUUGGUUGGUCAAGUUUGAAAUUGCACAUGUAUCUUUUCCUGUUUUAAGGUACUCAAGCACACACACGCACAAACAUGCACGCACUAUAUAUAUAUAUAAUUUAUAUAUUUUUUACCAUGCUGUUAAUGUCAACGUAUUUGAUAGAAAAUGAACAGUGACACAAUAAGUGUGCGCGUGUGUGUGUGAUCACUAUAGAAGGUUGUGACAGAACCAAAUCAUUUCUGCUGCAGAGCUGAAUUUCUCCAGUUGCUAAAUAUGUUGAUGUGGUGAUUUCUGUUAUUUCUGUCGCUAUGUCAUUUCUGCGCUGUCUUGGAGAUGUUAGCGUGUCUCUAAUAGGAUCGGUC